GCGCGAGGAGGGCGGCUGCCUCUGGAGUAGGCCGGGAGAAGAGAAAAGGCGGCGGCCCGGCUGGGGAAGAGGGGCGGAGGAGGCGGUUCGGACGGCUGUGUGGGGGCACAGAGCGUCGCCGGGACAGAGCGGAGCAGCUGGGCACGGCGUCCAGGGCAUCUAGGGCCUGGGCCGCGGUUCGGCCGCGCCGGCCGAGCUGGACUGGCCAUUAUGGAGGAGGAGCUGCAGCAUUCCCAUUGUGUGAAUUGUGUCAGUAGACGGUGCAUGACCAGGCCAGAGCCAGGGAUUUCCUGUGAUUUGAUUGGUUGUCCAUUGGUUUGUGGUGCAGUUUUCCAUUUUUGUAAAGCUGAUGAGCAUCGACUUUUAUGUCCAUUUGAACGAGUGCCUUGCUUAAAUAGUGACUUUGGAUGUCCAUUUACCAUGGCUCGAAAUAAAGUUGCUGAACAUCUAGAAAUGUGUCCUGCAAGUGUGGUGUGCUGUACUAUGGAAUGGAAUCGAUGGCCAGUUAGUUAUGCAGACCGGAAAUCAUAUGAAAAUCUAAGCAGAGAUGUCGAUGAAGUGGCACAAUUGGAUAUGGCCUUGGCUCUUCAAGACCAAAGAAUGCUCUUAGAAUCCCUCAAAGUAGCCACCAUGAUGUCAAAAGCAACUGAUAAAGUAUCCAAACCUAGAGAACAAAUCUCAGUUAAAUCAAGUGUCCCAGAAAUACCACAUACUAAUGGUUUGGUGUCUGUUGAUGAAGAAUCUUAUGGUGCACUUUAUCAAGCUACUGUAGAAACAACCAGAAGUUUGGCUGCUGCUUUGGAUAUCCUGAAUACUGCUACAAGAGACAUUGGCAUGUUAAAUACAAGUGUCCCAAAUGACAUGGAUGAACAGCAAAAUGCGAGAGAAAGCUUAGAGGAUCAAAACUUGAAAGACCAAGAUCAUCUUUAUGAGGAGGAGAUAGGAGCAGUAGGUGGAAUUGACUACAAUGACACAAAUCAGAAUGCCCAGUCUGAACAAAAUGGUUCAAGUGAUUUAUUAUGUGACUUGAAUACAAGUUCUUAUGACACUUCUGCUCUUUGUAAUGGCUUUCCUUUGGAAAAUAUAUGUACCCAGGUCACAGACCAGAAUCAGAAUUUACAUGGUGAUUCAAAACAAAGUAACUUAGCAAAUGGAGACUGUGUGGCAUCAUCAGAUGGCACUUCAAAACCUUCCAGCUCACUUGUGGUGGCAGCACAACUUAGGGAAAUAAUACCAUCCAGUGCUUUGCCUAAUGGCACAGUUCAGCAUAUCCUCAUGCCAGAUGAUGAGGAUGAAGGUGAAUUGUGUUGGAAAAAAGUAGACUUAGGGGACUUGAAGAAUGUGGAUGUCUUAUCUUUCAGUCAUGCUCCUUCAUUCACUUUUCUUUCUAAUUCAUGUUGGUCUAAACCAAAGGAAGAUAAAGCAGUAGAUACAUCAGAUUUGGAAGUUGCAGAAGAUCCCAUGGGCCUCCAAGGAAUAGAUCUGAUCACAGCAGCAUUGCUUUUUUGUCUAGGAGAUUCUCCAGGAGGGAGGGGUAUAUCUGAUAGCCGCAUGGCUGAUAUUUAUCACAUUGACGUUGGGACUCAGACUUUUUCACUUCCAUCUGCAAUAUUAGCUACAAGUACAAUGGUUGGGGAGAUAGCUUCAGCUUCAGCUUGUGAUCAUGCCAAUCCACAGCUUUCAAAUCCAAGUCCAUUUCAGACACUUGGGCUGGAUUUAGUAUUGGAAUGUGUCGCUAGGUACCAACCCAAGCAGCGUUCAAUGUUUACCUUUGUGUGUGGACAGUUAUUUAGAAGGAAAGAAUUUUCUUCCCAUUUUAAGAAUGUGCAUGGUGACAUUCAUGCUGGACUCAAUGGCUGGAUGGAACAGAGGUGCCCUUUAGCUUACUAUGGUUGUACCUAUUCUCAGCGUAGAUUUUGUCCAUCAAUACAAGGAGCGAAGAUUAUACAUGACCGCCAUUUGAGGUCAUUUGGAGUUCAGCCAUGUGUAUCUACAGUAUUAGUGGAGCCUGCUAGAAACUGUGUGUUGGGAUUGCAUAAUGACCAUCUAAGUAGUCUUCCUUUUGAGGUUCUGCAGCAUAUUGCAGGCUUUCUCGAUGGCUUCAGCUUGUGCCAGCUCUCAUGUGUAUCCAAGUUAAUGAGGGAUGUGUGUGGCAGCCUGCUUCAGUCUCGUGGCAUGGUCAUACUGCAGUGGGGGAAAAGGAAGUAUCCAGAAGGAAAUUCAUCAUGGCAGAUAAAAGAAAAGGUAUGGCGAUUUAGUACUGCAUUUUGUUCUGUUAAUGAAUGGAAAUUUGCUGACAUCCUAAGCAUGGCAGACCACUUGAAGAAAUGCAGUUACAAUGUUGUCGAGAAACGGGAGGAAGCAAUCCCUUUGCCAUGUAUGUGUGUGACACGAGAACUCACUAAAGAAGGACGUUCACUACGCUCAGUUUUAAAACCUGUACUUUAAAAGUUGUAAUUUUACUUGCACAUAUAUGCAAGCACCUAGUAUAAUUUCUUUGUAAUAUGUGAAACUUUUAUUAAUGUAUUAAAUAUUACAACUAGCUAAAUUUAUUGUCACUGUGUAUAUAAUGUUUUGAAGUGACAUCUAUUUUUAUAAAGUACUGUUUAGUUGGAAAAAGUUGCCUUAAUGUUUGAAAUGUGUGAAAUUCUUGGAACUUGCUGGACAGGGUGAUUUAAUUUUUAGCUACAUAAUUUUAAGAAUUAGUAUUUUCAGUGGUGUGCAUAUUUUGGUUCAUAAAUUUUUGCUUCUUAAACUAAAAAAAUCCUGACCAAUUUAUUUGUUGUUUUCUGUGGGUUGCAACCCAUGCAAUCAAAAAGCAAAACUUUGAUUCAGAUUUUUUACAGCAUAGGUUUUUCAUAUAAAAAUAUUCUGAAUUUGUUAAGCACUGCCAUAAAAUCAUUAUAAUGUUUUUGUUUUUUAGUGCUUCCCUAUACACUUAUUAAUGCACAAAUGAUCUCUAAUAUAUACUUACAUACGUAAAAUCAUAAAGUUUGGUAAUGCAGUUUAUCAUGUUUUAAAAAUAAUCCACAAAGAUGUUUUUAUCUCAUAUGCUUACAACUCAACACACAGAGUGACCAUGUGCAGCUUUCUUUUUUGUUAGAUGCCACAUCCAAAGACUGAUCACAAUGUACUAUAUGACAGGACAAAGCAAAAACAAACAAACAAAAAGCAAGCCUGUGAAUAUAAUUUAAUUUGAAACAGCUCCUGAUAUUACAUAUUUGCUAGUUAUCUAAUGUUUUAAAAGAAAAUAUACCUCAUUUUAAGUUUGAAUUGGGCGUAUUGUAUAAAUUUCAAAUAUUCAGAAUGCAAAGGGCUUGACUAUUAAAUGUUUGCCUUUUGAUGUUUAUAAACAUUACAAGUAUGUUGUUUUAAGACAUUUAAAAACGUGAAAUUUGUUAUCUUUGUAAAAUGACAAUAAUGUAGAAACCUGUCUUGGUUGACAAUCUCUUUGAAACAUUUCCAAGUUAAUUUCCCAUAGGCUUCACCACCAAGAAAGUAAGAAUUGCAUCUUUGCAUAAUGAUCAAGGUAUAAUGGAAAAAUAUACCUAUUCUUGAAGUAGUUUAUUAUAGUUUUCAAAUUGAUUUAUACCAUUAUUAACCUGAUGUGGUCUGCUUAAAAAAUGAAUAUAUCAGUAUUUAGAAAUAAAUUGCAAAGGUGGGGAUAUAUACUUAAAUAAUUUGUCCUAAGUAAAUUAGCAUUUGGUAGUCUGAAAUGGUGACAGAUUACUUGUUAAAAUUGUGAAAACUCUGUUGUGUCCUCCCUUCCUACAUUUGUCCCUGAGAGUACUCCACGAUUACUAGGUUCUUGAUUCCCUUAUAUGGCAAUCAGGCAGAGGCGUUCCUUGGGCAUUAGAGAGUUCUGAAGCUUAAGAUUUGUUUUGGUUGGAUCAAGUCCUUAGUACAGUUGAAAAAUAGAGCAUUAAAGACUAAUCAAUUGUUUUGCCUCACCAGUCAUUUUAAAUAGUAGAAUACUUAUUUCUCAGUGCUUAAAAUUUUUUUUUCAACUGUGAGAUUGAAUAAACAGUUUCUAUUUCUGUGAAAAAAACAGAAAAAAGAUAUUAAAUACCAUAAAAUGUAACUCUGCCUUUUAAAGUUUUGCUGAAGAAUGUGUCUGUGGUUAGGAUAGUACAAGCAUUAACUUUUGUUUUAUAGUUAUGCUUUUUAAAAUUCAUUGUUUUUAAAUUUAGACUUCUUAUUUCCACACUGGAUUAUGAGAUAUUUAUCAAUUUUUCCACCUUAUAUUUCUUUUACACAUUUUGCUGUUCUCUUUUUUGUUAUUGUUAUGCCACCCAUACCAUUUUGUUAAAAUGUUUUCUUUGUGAAACAUUUGUUCAAGUUCUAAUAAAAUUAAUGUUUUCCCUUAACAUGGCUCAAUAACUUAAAAACAUUCAUUUAAAUAAAAUUUUAAUACUUAAAGUUUGACAAA